AUGCCGGGCUGCCCGCUUUCCCUCUCUUCUAUGCCUAGCCCCUCUACACAGUGCACCGGCCCUAUGCGCAACCUAGCUCGAAAAUCCCCCCGGACCAGAAAUCCAAUUGAAUCGAAGGGUCCGGAUCAGCCCUAUCCAAAUCCACCUAUCUAUUUAAGCAGUCAAACCCUAGUCCUAGCCCUGUCCCAUCCACCCAUUCCCAUCGCCCGCCGCCACUCCUCUCUCCAUCGGGAUCCUCCCAGAUCGGUUCGAACCAACCCGCAGCCGCACGCUUGGCGAGGAGAGCCCGAGCACUCCAUCCACUCACGACGCACGCGUCCAGUGCCCGAAGCCGCCGCACUCGUGCUCGCUGAUAGCCCCUCGCCCGCGCGUCUCAAGCCGUUGACUUCAUCUGCUCUUGCAAGAGCCCGCAAGCAGCAGCAGCUCUGCCCCGAGCUCCUGGCCCCGUGCGUCCUUGCCUUGCCGCCCGAUGACCGGCGCCACGGCCGGCGACCGCGAGGCCAACAGCAGCCACGCCAUGGCAGCCCGGAUAACGCUGUCGGACCUCGCCGUCGUCGGGGACGGGACGGCCGAUCCCGGAUACAGCCUUGGCGCCCAUCUCUGACCCCAAACCUGUGGAGUCCCGUCGCUGCGCUGCAGUCCCCGAACGCCGACGCCCUCCUGUUUCCCCGCAUGAGCAUCUUCCUCCAGCUCUGGAAUUCAGGAUUUUCCCUAGAUUCAUUCUGGCAUAUUGAUGUUAUAUCAUAUCGUUGCUACUAUCGUCCGCAAACAGCAUAGUACCGAUUUGGCUACCGCAA